AUGUCUCGGUCGUUUACAGGCUGCAAGCGAUGCAAAGCAAGAAGGCAAAAAUGUGACGAGCAACAUCCUGAAUGCGGCCGAUGCAAGGCGGCUGGAGUGCAAUGCAGAUAUGCAAUGCAGCUGCAGUGGGGAGGACGCACAUUCUCGCGCUCGAGGUUCGGAGCUUGUGUUGGGCCUGGGGGGAUGCAGAGAUUAGAGUAUUCGCCCGGUGAAUUCGUUUAUACCACCGUGAACAGCGGAAAAUUAGUCUCCGUAAAAUCCGAAACCCCAGCGUCAUCUUCCCCCUCCUCCUCGUCAUCUCCCGACCUCCCUCUUGUCCGACAGGUCGACCCAUUUCCAUCGUUACCGCCUACCCAAAAAGCCCUGUUGCAACAUUUCAUCCGCGAUGCGUCACAUGUCACAUCAUGCCAUCCAGGUAUGCAGGAUGAAAUCUGCAAAAUGAUCGUUCCCAUGGCUUUACAAACACCGUCACUUCUAUACGCUACGAUGGCACUAUCUGCCAUUCAUCUAGAGGCGGUAAAUAAUCAGUCCGAGACGGUCAAGGCCGCGCCAGAUAUUGCUAGGUUGAUGGCCCGAAGUUUAGAGCAUUUUCGAAUCGAGCUUCAAGACCCAAGUCGCAAAGGAUCCGAUGCACUUUUGGCGACGGCACGCACACUUUGUCUGGCUGAAAUCCAUUCGGGCGCCAUCCAGCCAAACACAUGGAGAGCACACGUUGAAGGCGCCAAGGCUUUGAUGACCACCACGAAGUCAUCAACUACUCCGAAUACCGCUUUCCGCAAGUAUCUCGACCGUUGGUACAGAUCCAUCGUGGCUUUAUCUGCUCUGAACGGGAAUGGGCCUCCAAUUGGUGCGAGUACUGCCGAAUCGAUACAAAGUGAUAGCUUUGUAACCGAUGGUCCUGACUACUUGGACGAUUAUUGGGGGUUUACCGUUCACCUAGCAGCUAUCUUUCGCGAAAUUGGCAUCAUUGCUUGGCAACGGCAUCAGAAUGACGACACGUCACGACAAUUGAAAAGCGAAGAUGAAGACUUUGAAGAGCGCGCAGCAACCUUGGAAAAGAUGGUGCUUGGCAUGAUAGACCGUUAUUCCGGAGACAACCAAACCGUGUUUUAUCCUGGAGUAGUAGAAAGGCUGACUGACGACUCUAUCCGAGAAUUCAUGCUGUGUAACGAGGCCUUCCAACAUACAGCGCUGAUUCACAUCCACCGCCGAGUACGCAAGGUACCUGCCUCGUCACCAGAGGUCCAAUACUCUGUCAAGCGAAUUUUGGCAUGCACGUCGCAGAUUGUUCCGAAGAGUGGUCUCAGUCCGUGGGUCAUGUUGACGACACCACUGUUCACAGCUGGCUGUGAGGCUUUGGGCGAGGAUCGCGAAGCAUUCAAGCAGCUGUUCCUUUCCUUACAUGACACAACACGGAUUCCCAACGUCCUUCAAUCAUUAAGUUUCUUAGAGGCUUAUUGGGCGGAAGAUGAUAAGAAUGUGGAUGAAGAUUGGAGCCAUUUUCUUGAUAGGAUGAACUUUGACUUCAUCCCCUAUUAG